AUGCGGGGAGCCCAGGAAACCCUGGGCUUCGACUCCCCGAGCUACAUGAAAGGCCUACAGGUGUUCAUCGCCGACAUCCGAAAUUGCCAGACCAAGGAGCAAGAGCAGCAGAGGGUCGAGAAGGAGCUUUCCAAGAUCCGCUUGAAGUUUGCCAAUCCCAAGUCGCUCUCUGGCUACGACAAGAAGAAGUACGUUUGGAAGCUGCUGUAUGCCUACAUGCUUGGCUACGAGAUUGACUUCGGACACUUUCAGGCAGUGGAGUUGUGCUCGGCUUCCAAAUUCAGUGAGAAAACUGCUGGGUACUUGGCCACUUCACUCCUCCUGGCCGACAACAACGACAUGGUGCGGAUGAUUGUGAACAGCGUCAAGACGGACAUGGCUUCGGGCAACGAGGUCUGGCAGAAGAAGCUUGCGACCAUGUUCCUCGAGAGGGAUAUUGGCUUGCUAACGUCUGCGAGCGGCUUCAUGCUCGGAAUCCUGGAGAUGGGCAAGUUCCCGGCGGCGACCUUGGACCCUCGGACCCUCGGUAUUACCGCGUACCUGCGCCAUGGCUGCAGGGAAGUAGGUUCCUGCGCCAUGGCUGCAGACCAAGCUGCUGCGGAUCCUGUGCUGCAAUUCUUUCCGGUGGUGAUGUUCGAUGCCGAGCUCCUGCAUCGGCUGAACGUGAUGCUGCAGACCAUCCUGGCCAAGCCAUCGUCGCAGCGAAGCCCUGCACCACCUCCAGGCGAGCCAAGACCUCAGCUCACCGAGGUGGAUGCCGAGCGCCAGAAUCGCUCCAACGCUGAGCACGCCAUCCUCUUCGAGGCGAUGAACCUCAUGAUCCACCUGGAGGACACCGCCGACCCAGAGACGAUGCGCACGGCCGCGGGCCUCCUGGGGAUCUUUCUAUCCUCGACGGACCCCAACAUCAGGUACUUGGGUUUGGAGACCAUGGCUCGGCUGGCCACCAAUCUCUCUACCCAUGAAUACCUCGACAGGUACAAGAAUCAGAUCCUCGAUAAGAUGCAUGAAACGGACAUUUCCAUACGAAGACAGGCUCUCAAUCUCCUGUAUGCUCUUUGCAGGCCUGAGAAUUGGCAGCAGAUCGUAGAUGAGCUUUUGGAAAUCUUGGGUGCAAGCGACACCCUUUUGCAGGAGGAGUUGGUGUUGAAGAUAGCCAUCCUGGCUGAGAAGAAUGCCCCCAACUUCGGCUGGUAUGUGGAUGUGGUCUUCAAGAUGCUGGAGAGCGCACCGGAUGCAGUUGCCGAUGACGUGUGGUAUCGAGUCGUGCAGGUUGUAACCGGCUUCGAAGAUGGCCUGGCAGAAUCAGAGAAGCAUGGCUUGCAAAGACACGCUGCUAGCAAGGCCUAUCAAAACCUCACAUCCCAGAGAGCUCCUCAUGACACUUUGCUCCGUCUUGGCGCGUAUCUCAUGGGAGAGUUUGGGCACCUGCUGCCGCAGAGCGUCAUGCCCCGAGCGAAGUUUGAGGCCCUGCACCGGCACUUCCAGAGAGGCUCCCAGCAGACGAAGGCCAUUGUCCUCUUGGCCUGCGUCAAGCUGCUGAACGCCAAUGAUGCGCUCAAGGGGGAUGUCGUGAGCUUCUUGAAGGAGAUCCAGGACGCGUGA